ACAGGUAUCAAAAUUACUAGGCCAACAUGGACUCCCAACAGUACUGCCUUAGGUGGAACAACCACUUGAAAAAUUUGACAGAUGUGCUCACUGAUUUUUUAAGGGAACAAGUACUAUGUGAUGUAACUUUAGCAAGUAAUGGACAAGUUUUCCAGGCACACCAAAUAGUCCUCUCGGCGUGUUCGCCCUACUUCGAAACGCUUUUUAUUCAAACGCCAAACAAACACCCGAUAGUCUUUUUAAAAGAUGUAAGUCCAAACGAAAUCAAGGCCUUAUUGGACUUCAUGUACAAAGGCGAAGUGAACGUGUCGCAAAACCUACUUCCAGCUUUUUUGAAAACGGCCGAGAGCCUACAGAUCCGAGGCCUGUCGGAUAGUAACAGUCUAAAUAGUCAAACUGAUGAGCGGGAAAUGGAAAAUAAACCGCCUUUAGUGAAAAGGGAACGGGGUGAGGCUCAAAAACAGGGCAGAGAUAGUCCGGCUUUAAAAAGGAAACGAACCGCAUCGAAUAACAACUGUGAUAAUUCAUCGAAUUCUGUCGAUAGGAAUCCACAAGAUUCACAGGUUUUUCUUCCCGAUUCUCCAAUAGAUCGGGACCGUGGUCGUCCUGAGCGGGACUCAGGAGGAACCCCGGCAACGAUAAAAUCGGAACCCCAAGAUGGAAAUCCUGUGGAUUCCUUUCAUUCGAUGUCAGAAGCGCUACAAACUGUAAGUGAUUAUUUUGUUAUUUAUUUAGGUAUUAUUUUGGUGCUCAUUUCAUCCAUAUUCAUCAUGUUUCGUUAUACAGUUUCCUAUUUUAUUGGAAAAUAG